AGUGUCGCUCGCGCCGUCGUCAUGGGAGCUAUGUUGUGGAUGUGUGUGCCACUGCUGGCGGUGGCUCAGUUCGCCUCCACACAGAGUUCCAGCCCAGGAGACUGUUCCCGUCUGAGCUGUUCCACCGGCCACGAGUGCCGGCUGCGACACACCUGUGACAGCGACACCGGUCUGUCGGGGAGCUACCUGCCUCCCUGCCGGGACCGGGCCGAGUGCGUGCCGUCGGUGACCUGCGCGGGUCACCAGUGCCAGCGCGGCCACCACUGCCGACUGGAGGUCGACCCGGCGCCGCGCGCCGCCCAGUUCCGGCCGCCGCUGCAGCGCGCCGUCUGUCACCGGACGCUCUCCUGUGACGAGCUGCGCUGUCCGCCCGGAGAGCGGUGCGCUCAGAGAGAGCUGUGCGACCACUCCCUGCAGGGCUACCUGCCGCCGUGCCAGACCAUCUUCGAGUGCGGGCCGGAGACGGGCAGAGGAACGGAUGAAGGGAGAGUAGUGGAGGUGGACGGUGAGACCGCGGUUAGGAUAGAGACGGAGAAAGCCCAGGCCGAUGUGGGAAGUCGGAGAGGAGGCGGGGAAGCGCCGAUUCAGAACAUUCAGGUGACAAGCAGUGCAGAAGCAGUGGAUGACCUGCCCACUAUCACCGUUUACGAACCAACAGCGGAGGAGGCAGGGGAAAAGAAAACGAGCCCAGAAGAGAAGGAUGGUUUGCUGGAACAGCUUUUGAAUGUGGUUGAGGCGACACCUAGCCCAGCAAUUCAGCCCGCCGUUCAAACAACCGACACUGACCGAGACGAAAAUACGAAGGUUCCUCUCGGCGAAAUACAAACGGUUCUGCUGGAUGAGACGGAGGACGACACUGCUCUAUCGGCCAUCUCCGGCUCGGCCGGCUCGCUGGAGCAGACGAAUGAUGGUAAAACAUUCGUAUCAACAGUAGAAAAUGACAGUCUAGAGCCACUCACGACACCCGAAAUUAGCUCUGAACCGGAACAGACCUAUGAUGCUAACAAGAGCCCUGAUUCAGAGGUUGAAAACUUGAAUCUAUUUUCUGCAGUUGCUCCUAAUAUACAAGGAAAUUCGCUAGCGGAGCCCAAGGCUCCAGAGGAAGUCUAUUCUGCUGAAACGGAAACCCCUAGUAAUUCUGCGCCGAACUCGGUAUCAGAGCAGAUCAGCAAAUCGGCGGCGCCCGCUGAGCCCCUCCCUGCCCCUGAGCUCGAGGUGGCUCCAGAGUCUUUCGCUGACAUCCUAGUCCUGACUCCCGAGUCGCUGCGGUCGUCUGAAUCUGAGUCGACUCCAGCAUCCGACUCGUCGCUGUUCGAUGACGAAGCCAACAAGAUCCCGCCGGCCCGGAGGUCGAUCGGGACACGCUCCUGCGCCGAGACGCGCUGUGUGGCCGGCCGGCGGUGCGUCCUCCAAAACAGCCUGCCCACCUGCAGGAAGCUGACCUGUAAGGACCUGACCUGUAAGGACGGGGCGCGGUGUGUGAUCAUGGGCGGAGUGCCAGUCUGCCGCCCGCCGCCCACACCGCGGCCGGCCGCGUUUGCCCGGCCCAGCGCAGCCAGCUCGUGUAAUGAGGCCCGGUGCACAGAGGACCAGAAGUGCGUGAUGGCCGGCGGCCGGGCGUGGUGCACGCGCCGCCGCACCUGCGCCAACCUGCGCUGCCGGUACGACCAGUUCUGUGACGCACGGCGCGGCCUGCCGCGCUGUCAGAUCCGCCGCUCGUGCGACGGCGUCUCCUGCGCCGACGGCAAGGUGUGCCAGCUAAUCGGCCGGCUGCCGCGCUGCGUGGUGGCGCCCCGCUGCGAGGACCUCAACUGCGGGCCCAACGAGCGCUGCAUCAGCGUCGGAGGCGCGCCCUCCUGUCUGGCGGCGCCCGCCUGCUACGACCGGCGCUGCCCGCCCAGCCAGGAGUGCCGCGUGGUCAACGACGAGCACCUCUGCGUGGACGCGCCCACCUGCGAGGAGCUCCGCUGCGGCCCCGGCAAGGUGUGCCGAGAGUACUUCGGCUCGGCCAAGUGCAUCACAGCCACGACGUGCGCCAACGCGCACUGCCGGGACGACCAGCGGUGUGAGGUGCGCGACAACCUGGCUCGCUGCGUGUCGCUGCGCGGCGCGCCCUGCACAAACGCCGGCGGCUGCGAGCAGGGUCUCCAGUGCGUGCCCGUCAACGGCGAGCCGAUCUGCGUCAAACCGGCCACCUGCGACGGCGUCCGGUGCCGCUCGGGCCAGCGGUGCGCCGUGCUCUCCGGCACGCCCACGUGCGUGGCGUCGUGCGCGGCGGCCGAGUGCGCGCCCGAGCUGUUCUGCCGGGUGCAGGCGGACCGGGCCGUGUGUGUGGAGUGCGAGCUCGACUGUCCGGCCGGACAAGUCUGCAAGCUGCAGGAGCCGCGCUCCGUCACCAGCGAGUACGUCGUCUCCAGAAAGAAAAUCCCGCAGUGUGUUGUAGGACAGGCAUAAUUCGACGACCGUAACAUCCUCCAGAGGGGGACAGGGAGAGAGGAGGAAGAGGCGAUACGUAUCACGCCGGACGAUCGAGUGCCAUCGGGUCUCCGUCCCGGUAAUAAGCUGUGAUUCAGGUACUUGUGAGUCGCACAAGACCGGCGGUCAACUGCGCGUGGGUGACCGGGUGUGUUGUCCACACAGUGAAGCGGACCUAGUGUGAGCUGGUCCGAGUUAUUGUUGUCAUGUUAUGAAUUUGGAAGUUGAAAUAAAAAUGAUGAUAUAAUUA